AUGCCUGCGAAGGGAAGCUGUGUGUGCGGCGAGUGGACGUACGAGUACACCGGCGAUCCAGCAGCAGUGGCAGUCUGCCAUUGCAUUCCAUGCAGGAAGACCGCUGGAACCAACGGUAGCUUCAACUUCAUGAUCCCGCAGGACAAUUUCAAGAAGCUCUCUGGAACAGACUUCAAGUACAAUCGACUCGCGGAUUCCGGCAAUACCGUCCACUACCGCAACUGCGGAAAGUGUGGAACUAUCAUCGUGGCCGAUACUGAUUCGAUGCCCGGCAUAUAUAUCCUGAAGGCUGGUACUGUUGACGACGAGGCCGAGGUCGCUAAGCAUAAGCCGGGGCUUGAGAUUUAUCGUAAGAACGCGCCAGAAUGGUGUACGCCAUGGAGCUGUGCAGCGCAGAAGGAGGUUGCGUGA